GUCUAGAACAUGACGCAGCAGCUCAGAGCCAAACUCAACACAUGACUCGCCCCGAGAAAUUUCCCAAAACCCCCACCAAGAACCCCUCCUUCGCAAAGUACCAAAACUGUACAGGACAAUACCUCACGCGACUAUAUCUUGUACAUUCCCUCCACCGCAUACAACCAAGAUAGAUCCCACAAAUCACCAACAACGCGAAAGGACACUCAAAAUGGACGACCCAGCCUUCGACAUCGAGACAGACCUCUCAACGCAAAGCAUCCUCCUCGCCGCCGCAAACCACGACAUCCAAUCCCUACGAAACCUCCUCCGCAACUCAUCCGCCAAUGUGCAAGAUUCCGAGACGGGGUUCACUCCCUUGCACGCCGCAAUCGCAGCUUGCGAGCCAGAAGACGACGACGCGCAGAAGGUCAACGGCCAUGCGAACGGUGCCACGAACGGGGCGAGCGAGGCGCAGAAACAGGAAAUCGAGGCUGCUGCAAAGACGAUGAAGUUACUGUUUGAGAACGGCGCGAUUUGGAAUGAUUUGGAUAUCAAUGGUGAGACGCCGGGCUGCAUAGCGCAUCGGCUAGGCUUGAAGGAACUGUAUGAGUUGUGUGUUGAUGCGGGUGUGCGGGCGGAAUUGCUGCUGAGUCGCUUGGACGAGUACCAGCCGCUUGGAGCUGAUUCGGAUGAUGACGAGGACGAGGAUGAAGACGAGGACGAGGAGGGAGACGAGAUGGACGAAGUGAUGGAGGGUAUCGAAGUCGUGCAGCUCGAGGGCGACGCGUCGACGGAGAAUCCCAACUACCUCGCGUCGGCGUUGACGUUUGACCGCGACCGCAUUUUGGAUGGGUCUGCGAACGGCGUCAUGAUGGAGUGGGAGACUACGCUCAUGCGACGAUCUGCAGAGCUGCUUCUGCCGGCGCCUGGGCUGCGCGUGCUGAAUGUGGGUCACGGGAUGGGCAUCAUCGAUGGCAUCUUGCAGGAGAAAGAGCCCAAGUCGCACCACAUCAUCGAAGCACACCCAGAUGUGUUGAAGCGCAUGAAGGAGCUGGGGUGGGACAAGAAGCCUGGUGUCGUCAUCCACGAGGGUCGCUGGCAGGAUGUCGUCCCUGGUCUAGUUGAGAAGGGAGAGCUGUUUGACGCCAUCUACUUCGACACAUUUGCUGAAGAGUACAAGGCGCUGCGGGAGUUCUUCACGGAAUUCGUAAUCGGACUGUUAGAUCCGGCGGGUGGUCCAGCGGGCGAAGGCGGGAAGUUUGGCUUCUUCAACGGGAUGGGGGCGGACCGCCAGAUCGUCAAGGAUGUGUACAACAAGAUUGUCGAGUUCGAUCUGUUCGAUGCUGGCUUCGACACUGAGUGGGAGACAAUACCUAUUCCUGAUCUUGACGAACAGGGCGAGUGGGCGGGAGUACGGAGGAAGUACUGGGUCUUGGACGAGUACAAAUUGCCAACGUGCAGUUUCAUCGGCUGA